GCAGCAGCAACACCUUCUACUGACCUGAUCAAAAAUGACUGUCAAGCCUGCAAGAAUGUCAUGCAUCACUCCAAAUAUUUAUGAUAAAGUGCCUGAUGGAGGAUGGGGCUGGAUUGUGGCAUUUGCUUUCUUCUUUAUAGAAGCCCUGACAUAUGGCAUCAUCAAGUCUUUUGGAGUCUUCUUUACAGACUUGGUAGAAAGCUUUGAUGAAACAAAUAGCAGGAUAUCAUGGAUAAUCUCAAUAUGUGUAUUUGUGUUAACUUUCACAGCUCCCCUCUCUACAGUCCUGUCUAAUCGUUUUGGUCACCGUUUGACUGUGAUGCUUGGAGGGGUACUGAUCAGUUCCGGAAUGGUUGCAGGCUCCUUUGCACGCACAGUUGUUGAAAUGUAUAUUUUAAUUGGCAUAGUUUCAGGCUUUGGAUACUGCCUUGCCUUUCUUCCAACCGUCACUAUUCUGUCACAGUACUUUGACAAAAAACGUUCAUUAGUCACAGCUGUGGCUUCUACGGGAGAAUGUUUUGCAGUCUUCUCUUUUGCACCAGCUAUUACAGCUUUGAAAGAACACGUUGGUUGGAGAAACAGCCUCUUGUUCGUUGGCUUACUGCAGCUUGGAAUCGUUGCUUGUGGAUCACUGCUGCGACCCAUCAUAAUCAAAGCACAGGAAGAAGUGAAACUAUCGCCAGCGGAAGAGCAGAGAGAAACAAAGUACAUGCUUGAAAAUGAGCAGACACGCACCUCAAUAGAUUCCAUUGACUCAGGAGUCGAAGUAACUACCUCACCUAGUAACAAGCAUCGAGAAGCCAAGUUGGAACUGAAAAGUGAAGAACCAAAGGAAAACACAGAGGUGCUCAUAGAACCUAGUAGCAUCCCUAACAAGGAACCAAAAACUCAACUCCUGGACUUCUCUGUAAUGAAAGACUAUAGCUUUAUUUGCUAUGCACUUUUUGGUUUAUUUGCCACUCUGGGAUUUUUUGCUCCUUCCCUAUAUAUAAUUCCUCUCAGUAUGAGCCUUGGCAUCGACAAAGAUCGUUCUGCAUACAUACUGUCAGCAAUGGCAAUCGCUGAAGUCUUUGGCAGAAUCAGUGCUGGCUGGGUCCUCAACAAAAAGCCUAUCCGAAAAAUUUACAUUGAACUCAUCUGUGUCAUUCUGCUGGAUGUUGCCCUCUUUGCUUUCCCUUUUGCUUAUGAAUUUUGGGGGUUAAUGAUGUGUAGCAUCUUCUUUGGAUUCAUGCUUGGAACUGUGGCAGGCACGCACAUUCCUAUGUUGGCCGAAGAUGAUGUGGUUGGUAUCGAGAAGAUGUCUUCUGCUGCAGGGGUUUAUGUAUUUGUUCAAAGUUUGUCAGGAUUGGCUGGACCACCCCUUUCAGGUAUGCUAGUGGAUACCACAAAGAACUACAAAUCUGCAUUCUACUCCUGUGCUGCUGGAAUGCUGCUGGCUGCUGUGUUCCUUUCUUUGGUGAGGCCUUGCAAGGAAGUGCUCUGUCAAAGUAAGAAGCAACCAGCAGAUGAGGCUGUUUCGGAACCUUUACACAAUGUACCAGAUGACUUUAUAGAACCUGACCUUGACAAGAGUGAGGAUUCUGUAAGAGGAUGUGACAACAUGGCUUGAGUAGAAAAUACAUGUGUUAACAGACUUGGGGCAGGGAAGCAAAGUUAGCUCUGAUCUACCUUCUACAAAAUACACAUUAAAAGGGAAUGCAAAAUCUUAAAUGUGAACAGAUCCUAUCAAUCCUUUCAGAAAGAUCAAUUAUCUUUACAUAACUUUUGUCAACACGUGGAAUGCUUACUCUCAUUGACCACAAAAAAGCAUUCCUAUCUUGUGUGAAGAUGCAGCUCAAAUUCCUAAUAAGCAAUAGACAACAUACAAAAACAAACAACAAAAAAACAAAGAACAUCAGAUUUGUGGUGUAUAAAGUUAGUUUAAGGAAAAUCCAAAUAUUGGCCAUGUAACUAAAAUGGUCAUUUUACCAUUUUCCUGUUGCCUGCUAGCAUCUUACACCAGAUAUCUUGCUCCAUCAAACUAAAGUAGGGAUGAAAGAGAGUUUAUUUGGUAGAACCAAUUCUGAAUUUUAAGUUUUCUUACAAGGUAAAAUUUUAAAAUAUUGAUGUUAUUAGAGCUAAAGGAGGCUGGACUGAGAGGUAGACUUAGACAAUUACCAGAUGGUUUUGUUUUUGAAAAGUUCACUUGAAUUUUAUAAACGCUGGUAAGUUGGAGGUUACCACUUUUAUUUUUAUGGCCAGUUAUUAUGGCAAAUAUUUCAUUACAAGAUGCUUUCAUUCCAGUUUUUUAAAAAUCUUAAGAUUUUUACUUCUCUAU